GGGGUGGGCUCCGGAGCCAGCCCCUCCCCGGCCGUAUAAAUGCCCAUUCCCCCUGCAGACAGCCGUCCCAGCCCCGCUCGGAGCGGCCGCGGGAAGGCGUCCGGAGCCGGCGUCGCGGCUGUGCCGGCGGGGGAAGGCUGCCCGCAGCCCGGGCUGCCCCAGCCGGGCCGGGGGUGCGGGCGGGCACCCCGCCAUGGCCUUCACCAUGCUGCGCCCCGUGGCCGCCCGCGUGCUGUACCCCGACCUCGGCAUGCUCUCGGAGGACGAGGAGAACCGCAGCGAGAGCGACACGUCGGACCAGUCGUUCGGCUGCUGCGAGGGCGCCGAGGCUCGCCGCAAGCUGCCGCGGAAGCCGGGCCCGAUGGUGAUGGUGAAGCAGAGGCAGGCGGCGAACGCUCGGGAGCGGGACCGGACCCAGAGCGUCAACACGGCCUUCACCGCCCUGCGGACCCUCAUCCCCACCGAGCCCGUGGAUCGGAAGCUGUCCAAGAUCGAGACCCUCCGCCUGGCCUCCAGCUACAUCUCCCACCUGGCCAACGUGCUGCUGCUGGGCGAGGGCUGCGAGGACGGGCAGCCCUGUUUCAGUGCCAUCUACGGCACCAAGGGCGACCUGGACAGCAAACAGCCCCGCAGCAUCUGCACCUUCUGCCUCAGCAACCAGCGGAAAGGGGGCAGUCGGAGGGACCUCGGGGGCAACUGCCUGAAGGUGCGAGGGAUGACGCCCCUGCGAGUGUCGCGGAGAUGAGCCGGGGCCCGGCAGCGCCCACCUGAGACAGCGGCAGAGGCAGACGGAGCCCGCACACGCCAGCCCAGAGACCGCAGCGGGGAGGGAGGGAGCUGCUCACCUGAGGCGGCAGCGGCCGAGCCCAGGCUGGCACCACACCGACACUGGCCCUGGAGCCGGCAGUGGGGCGGGAGGACGCUCCCGUGGCCGAGGCUGCCCACGCGGGGCAGGGCCGGGGAGGGGGGUCCCCGCGCCCCGGGGCUGGACUGGAAGGGGCCUGUGUGCGGCCGGCGUCGAGGCGCUCCGGGGGGACAGUGUCGUGGCCCUGGGGAUGCUGGUUGUGCACGUGCAGCUGCUUGGAAAAUAAAAUCUUAUUUUUCUGA